CCCGGCUGGCUGCGUCCCCGCCCUCGGAGUCUGGAGCACGGCUGGAGCCUGGCGGGAGCGCGAGGUGCAGAAGGCCGACGGCGGCGGGAAGCUGGAAGCGGGCGAGCCGCGGGAAGCAGGCACCAUGGUGCUGUCGGUGCCUGUGAUCGCUCUGGGCGCCACGCUGGGCACUGCCACCAGCAUCCUUGCUCUGUGUGGGGUCACCUGUCUGUGCAGGCACAUGCACCCUAAGAAGGGGUUGCUGCCGCGGGACCGCGAGCCGGACCCGGAGAAGGCGAGGCCCGGUUUGCUCAGGCCAGCCCAACAGUUCAAUGUAAAAAAAUCUACGGAGCCUGUCCAACCCCGACCUCUCCUUAAAUUCCCGGACAUCUAUGGUCCCCGGCCAGCUGUGACAGCCCCGGAAGUCAUCAACUAUGUAGACUACACUCUGGAGACGACAGAGGAGUCUGCUGCACCUGCCAGUCCCCAGGCCCAGAGUGACAGUCGCCUCAAGAGGCAGGUCACAGAGGAGCUGUUCAUCCUUCCUCAGAAUGGUGUGGUGGAGGAUGUCUGUGUCAUGGAGACCUGGAACCCAGAGAAGGCUGCCAGCUGGAACCAGGCCCCCAAACUCCACUUCUGCCUGGAUUAUGACCAGAAGAAGGCUGAGUUAUUUGUGACUAGCCUGGAAGCUGUCACCAGUGACCAUGAAGGAGGCUGUGACUGUUACGUCCAAGGCAGCAUGACUGUCAAGACUGGCUCCGUGGAGGCACAGACGGCUCUGAAGAAAAGGCAGCUGCAUACAACCUGGGAGGAGGGCCUGGCCCUGCCUCUGGGCGAGGAGGAGCUCCCCACAGCCACCCUGACACUUACCCUACGGACCUGUGACCGCUUCUCUCGCCAUAGUGUGAUUGGGGAGCUCUGCCUGGGCCUGGAUGGAGCAUCUGUACCCCUGGGCACAGCACAGUGGGGUGAGCUGAAGACCACCACAAAGGAGCCAUCUGCAGGGACUGGGGAGGUCCUUCUGUCAAUCAGCUACCUCCCAGCUGCCAAUCGUCUCCUGGUGGUGCUGAUUAAAGCCAAGAACCUCCACUCCAACCAAUCCAAGGAGCUUCUGGGCAAGGAUGUCUCUGUCAAGGUGACCUUGAAGCACCAGGCUCAGAAGCUGAAGAAGAAACAGACAAAACGGGCCAAGCACAAGAUCAACCCUGUGUGGAAUGAGAUGAUCAUGUUUGAACUACCGGACGACCUGCUGCGGGCAUCCAGUGUGGAGCUGGAGGUGCUGGGCCAGGGCGAGGAGGGGCCAAGCUGCGAGCUAGGCCACUGCAGCCUGGGCCUGCAUGCUUCGGGCUCUGAGCGCAGCCACUGGGAGGAGAUGCUAAAAAACCCACGCCGGCAGAUCGCCAUGUGGCACCAACUGCACCUGUAGUCAGCUGCCAGCCACCAACCAUCAUUUUUGGACAUAGUCAUCCUCCAGGCUCAGCUGUCAGUCAUCCCCCUCCUGCCCUGUCCACAUGCCUACACCCAAAGACAGACACAGACGUGUUUGCUGAGGCCAGGACCUCAUUUCUGUCUUACUAUAUUCCCAAUACUAAAAAGUAAGCGGAGUCACCAGGACAGUGAGUGUGAUUGAUGCCCCAGGGUCUCUCAGAAAACUGUGUCUUGCUCAUCUAUGUCAUGGAGAAAGAUG